AACGGUGUCUUGAUUUUCUGAAAACACUUUAACUAUAUUUAUAUAGUUGAGCCUUGAAGCCAUAUGCCCCACUCAAGCAUUUCAUCAUGAAGUCCAUAAUAAAUCGCCACAAAAAGAAAUAUGGGAGACUUAACAGCUCAAAUAAAGCUGUUAGUGAUGUUUUUGAACCUACAGCAAAUAGUAAUGCUAAGCAGCGAGCAGCUCUGGUAGAGUGGUUAAACAGUGUCUCUCCAAAUUUAAAUUUGCAAACAAAUGCUUCAGAAGAGGAACUGAGAAGGCGCUUGAUUGAUGGUAUUGUUUUAUGUCGGAUUUUGAACAGGCUAAAACCCGGUUCUGUGACUGAGUUUGGCAGUUCUGAUUUUUCUUCAAAGUCACGAUCAGAAAAUGUUAAAAGGUUUCUGGAAGCUAUGGAUAAAAUGGGGUUGCCCAGGUUCCAAGUGUCAGAUCUAGAGAAGGGUUCAAUGAAAACUGUUAUGGAGUGCCUUCUAACACUUAAAGCACAAUUUAUGCCAAAUAUUGAGGGAAAUAAUCUUCCUCCUACAGAGAAAUCAGUAAGUGAUGCUAGUGUGAGGUGGAAACUCUUAGGAGAGCAUUUUGGAGGCAGCACUCAAGGUGAAGAACCUUCUGGAGUAUAUCCUUCUACGUUAUCUGGAGGAGAGAGGCGAAAGUGUGACCCAGAUUCAAAAUUUCAACGUGCUUUGCGAAGUCCUGUCAGGACUGAGCCAUCAUCUGCAUUAAUGCAUGAUGUUGGACAUAAGUUCCAACAAGUGUUUCAGCUCAAACAAGGAAGCUAUUCAGAUCUUUCUGCUGCAAAGGUUUCAGAAAUGAUGAAAUCAAACAAUUUGGACAAUUGUCCAACUCAGUCUCUUUUGAGUGUUGUCAGUGGAAUCUUAGAUGAAAGCAUAGGAAAGAAGAAUGGUGAAAUACCUCAUCGUGUUGCAUGCCUAUUGAGAAAAGUUUUGCAGGAGCUUGAGCGGCGUAUUUCUACUCAAGCAGAACAACUAAGAACUCAAAACAGUCUUUUCAAAGCCCGCGAGGAGAAGUACCAGUCGAGAAUCAGAGUACUUGAAGCCGUCGCAACUGGGACUGGUGAUAAGACACGGAUUGUCAUGAACAAGCUCCAGCACUUUAAGAAUGAGAAGACCAAAAUGGAAGAAGAAAAGAAACUCGAGGAGCAGGAUGUGAUUAGACUGAUGGAAGAGAAGGAUCACAGCACUCAUGAAAUUUCUGCAUUGAAGCAAGAGUUGGAAAUAGUUAGUAAAAACUACGAACAACGAUGCUUGCAAAUGAAAAAAGAUGCUGCGGGAGCUCAGAAAGAGCUUGAGGAGAGGUUGAAAGAAGUUGUGAACCUCUUAAAGGAAUCAAGGAAUAGGGUUAAAGAGCUUGAAGCAUAUUCUGACACAAAAUUUAAGCGCUGGGACAAAAAAGAGCACAUCUACCAAAUAUUUACUGACUUCCAGCUUGGUGUACUGCGGGAGCUGAGGUUUGCUUCCGUGUCAAUCAAGCAAGAACUUUUGAAAACACAAAAAAGCUAUUCAGAGGAAUUUCAUCGCUUAGGGACAAAGAUCAAUGCUUCAGCUGAUGCAUCAGAAAAGUAUCAUGUAGUCCUCGCUGAAAAUCGGAGGAUGUAUAAUGAGCUUCAAGAUUUAAAAGGAAAUAUUAGAGUUUAUUGUCGGAUAAGGCCAUUUCUUCCUGGGCAGACGGGAAAACCGUCAACAAUAGGAUAUAUAGGUGAAAAUGGGGAACUGGUUGUGGUAAACCCCUCCAAACAAGGAAAAGAUGGUCAUCGAUCAUUUAAGUUUAAUAAGGUCUACGGUCCAGCCACAACUCAAGCGGAUGUAUUUUCUGAUACCCAACCCUUGAUACAAUCUGUUCUUGAUGGAUAUAAUGUAUGUAUAUUUGCUUAUGGUCAAACUGGUUCAGGGAAAACCUACACAAUGACCGGUCCUGAAGGAGCAUCUGGAGAGGAAUGGGGGGUCAAUUAUCGAGCUUUAAAUGACCUUUUUGAUAUUUCUGAGACUAGAAGCAGUCUCUUUACCUAUGAAAUUGGGGUUCAAAUGGUUGAGAUAUACAAUGAACAAGUGCACGAUUUACUAUCAAGUGAUGGCUCUGAGAAAAGACUUGAGAUUCUGUCUACCUCCCAACCCAGCGAGUUAGCUGUCCCUAAUGCUAGCAUGAACCCUGUCAAAUCAACCUCAGAUGUAUUGGAAUUAAUGGAAACUGGAUUGCGAAAUAGAGCUAAAGGUGCCACUGUCUUCAAUGAAAGAAGCAGUCGAUCACACAGUAUUCUCAGUAUUCAUGUCCGCGGGACAGAUCUGAAGACUAGUGCUUCUUUACGUGGUAGUCUUCAUUUGGUAGAUCUUGCAGGAAGUGAAAGAGUAGAUCAAUCCGAGGAAACAGAAGAUAGACUUAAGGAAGCACAACAUAUAAACAAAUCUUUAUCUGCCCUAGGAGAUGUCAUCUUUGCUUUGGCACAAAAGAGCCCUCAUGUUCCUUACAGAAACAGCAAGCUUACUCAAGUCCUUAAAAGUUUUCUUGGUGGUCGAGCGAAAACCCUUAUGUUGGUGCAGCUUAAUCCUGAUGUAAGUUCGUAUUCUGAAACUAUAAGUACCUUGAAGUUUGCAGAGAGGGUCUCUGGAGUUGAGCUAGGUGCUGCAAAAAGCAGCAAAGAGGGCAGGGAUGUUACGGAAUUAAUGGAACAGGUGGCAUCUCUCAAAGAUACAAUUGCAAAGAAAGAUGAGGAGAUUGUGCGGUUGCAAAUGCUUAAAGAUCUCAAAAAUGUGUAUCAUGGUGUCAUAAGCGAGAAGCGCACAAGCUCAUUCAGACACUGACGACUCUGUAAAAUCCAAUCUUCUCCCUGACGCAACAAAGUCAUCAACUUAGACAA